GCCGGAACGAGGCAAUCUUCUUUCUACACUGGUGUAGUGUACACUAAGGUACACUAGCCAACAUUGACCCUGACAUCCGGGCGAAAUCCUGCUCUUCUCCAGACUCACACACUCGGGCUUCGCAACUUUCCCUCGUUUACAGAGGUAUCUUUCGGCAGGCCCCAAACUUGUGCAACCGCCACGACUUGUUGAAAGACGGCCGGCCCACUUGUGCUAGUCAAUUCGCCAAACCGCCUUUUCCCAGCAUGGAGUCGUCAACACCCACUCACCAAGCCAGCAGCAGCGUAGCAGCGAGUUGGGGAGCCUUCCUGAAGUCGAUCGCAUCCUUCAACGGGGACCUUUCCAGCCUCACUGCGCCGCCGUUCAUCCUCUCUUCCACCAGCCUGACCGAGUUUAGCUCCUACUGGUGCGAGCAUCCUUCCAUCUUCGCCGCUCCUGCGAAGGAGCCCGACGCUGCCAAGAGAGCGCUCCUCGUGCUGAAGUGGUUCUUAACCACCCUGAAGCAGCAGUAUGCCAGUCGAAGCGAGCAAUACGGCAAUGAAAAGAAGCCGCUCAAUCCCUUUUUGGGCGAACUGUUCCUGGGAAAGUGGGAAGACGAUGCUGGAACCACCGAGCUGAUCAGUGAGCAGGUCAGCCAUCAUCCGCCAGCAACAGCGUACAACAUAACCAACGUCCGGAGCGGGGUUCGACUAGAGGGCUACAAUGCUCAGAAGGCGUCGUUUUCCAAGACAAUCAACAUCAAGCAGAUAGGGCAUGCGGUACUUACUGUUCCUGUGCCUUCCCUGGACAAUCCCGACACCUUCUUGAUUACCCUACCGUCUCUCCACAUCGAGGGUCUCAUUUUCGGGUCCCCCUUCAUCGAAUUGGAAGGCAGUUCGUACAUCACCUCGUCGGCCGGCUUCACCGCCAAGAUCGACUACAGCGGCAAGGGUUGGCUGUCUGGCAAGAAGAACUCGUUCACUGCGACUCUAUACCCCACCGGGAAGGAGAAGGACGUACUAUUCAACGUCUCGGGUCAGUGGACCAAGUCUUUCGAGAUCCACUCCGGUCCUGCGAAGUCCAACAGCAAAGAUAACCUCGUGGAAACCUGGGACCCGUCUGACAACCCCCCGAGUCCACUCAUUGUUGUCCCCCUGGAGAAGCAGCACCCUCUCGAGUCCAGGCGGGCCUGGGCAAAGGUUGCCGCCGCAAUCUCCAAGGGCGAUCUUGACACAGUUAGUCAAGAGAAAGGGAAGAUAGAGAAUGCCCAGCGCGAAAUGCGCGCAAGGGAGAAGGCCGAGGGACGCACUUGGCAGCGCCGCUACUUCACCGCUCGAAGCGACAAUCCCGACCCAAUCCUGAGGAGCCUGGGGCCAGUUGUAGGCCUGCCCGCAAACGGUGAUGCCGACAAGACAGGCGGUCUCUGGCGAUUUGACUCCGCAAAGGCCAUGGAAGCAUGCAAUCAGCCUCCACUGAGUGAGGCCGAGUCUGCACAGCUGGCAAAGGAGUUGCUGGGACAAUGAUGUGUCCCUUGGCACGGGCAAGCGGGUAAUCCGCUGCUUGUUGUAGACGAUGCCGAGGGUCCUGGUGCGAGUUGUCACUUGGCUGGCCGGUCACCGUGCUACUGUCCCUUAGACUAAUCUCCCUUAGCCGCUUAGUUGAGCAUGCCAUCACCUGCGAGAGGCAUACCUAUAUUUUGGUGCCUCCCUUUUUGGAGGUUGCGAAAAACAGUUGCCUCCUCGGCCGGGAAGCCUGUCGUGUCCGCCGUCAUCGUCAGGGUAUUUCAGAUCAUGCUAGGGGCG